AUGCGUUCUUUCUGUCAGUUGGCCGUUCUGGCCCUGCCAUUGUUCAGCACUGCCGUUGCUGCCUCGCCGAACAAACAAGCCGACCACCCCAAGACCAUCUACGCAAGUGCACAGGAAGCGUUCCAGGACUUGUUGAACGCGCUGCCAGAGGAAUCUCUACAAGCCGCAUUGAGCGGACUGAAGGACUUCAAGAAUGGCGUGUUUGAGUCGCAUCACCGGGGCGUCGAACAUAUCCACAGCGAAGACCCAGCGCUCGCUACGAAGCUCAUCGUUGACGCUGUCAACGACUUGAAGAAGAGACAGGCGCCUUCGGGCAACGGCACAACCACAGUCAUUGAGUCCACACCUCCUCAGACAAGUGAGCAAGCGCCUCCACAGACGAGCGAGGCACCACCGCCAGUCGAGACGACAGUUACGCAGGUUCAGACGCAACAGGGAAGCACAGUCACACAGGUGCAAACCCAGACACAGCAGCAGACUCAGCAACCCUCGCAAACGCAACAAACACAGCAAACCGAACAAACCCAACAGACCAGCGACGCAACAACAGUAAACUCCCCUCCCGCAACCAUAACAAACACCCAACAACAAACCAUAACCCAAGACGGCACAACCAUUGUCCAAACUGCAACCCAAACCACCACCACGCAGCAACGUCCCGCCAUCAUCACCGUCGAAGCCACCGAAACCCAAGACGGCACAACCAUCGUCCGCACAACCCAAGUUCUCUCCGAAGUAACCGCCUCGGUCCCCGUAACCCGCACUUUGACAAACGUCGCCGGCGGCUCCACGGUCGUCCGAACAGAGACGCAGAACCGCCCGGCCGUCAUCCGCACAACCACCGAUUCCGCCGGCCGCACAACCGUCACCACAUCAGCAGCAAACUACGCGCCUACCGCCGGUGAGGUCCAAACUGAGACGGAUGAGGCAGGUAGCACGUUCUUGACUACAUAUACACCUGGUGGCGGACUUGUGAGUUCCAUCAAGUUGAUUACCACGACGGAUUCCGAGGGCCGCCCAAGUACCAUGACGAGUUAUACUUUUGUGGAUCCCAUUCAGGCGACUGCUACUGGUGGUAGUAAUGGUGGGGACACGACCGAGAGUCCGACUGUGCAGAGUGGUGCUGCUGUUAAGAAUGGUGCUGUAGGCUUUGUAGCCGGUGUAGGGGCUUUGGCUUUCCUGUUCUAG